GCUACAGCUAAUAUAAUAUGGAAAAUGAAAAUAUCAAUAUGGAAAAUGAAAAGGAAUUGAAGUGGACGGAGGAAUUAACAUCGGAAUUAAUUUUUCACUAUGAAAUGUAUCCGAUUUUGUACAACCCUCGUCAUCCCUAUUUUUUGAAACGCGUCAAAAAGAUGGAUGCAUUUAAAAGUAUUCGAACUGCUUUGAAACCAUUGGAUCAACAAAAUAUGACUUUGGACGCAAUUGAAAGAAAAAUUCAUGAGCUUCAAACUCAAUUUUGUAAAGAGUUUUGUGAAGUUAAUAGAUCCCAAAAAAGUAAAGCGGGAACAGGAGACAUAUAUAUACCCAAACUCUGGUGCUACGAUCAACUAUAUUUCCUGGAACCAUAUUGUAAAACAAUAAAAUCAGUUGCAAAUAUCGAACCGAACGAAAAUGAAGAUACAGUUCCAAGUCACAGCAACUCUGAAGCAACCCAACAGGAUGAUUCUAACGACUUCACCCCAAAAAGAAAAAGAACAUCAUCAGGUGCGGAGGAAAUUAAUUUAAUAGCUGAACUUAUAAGGAACAAAAUGGAGAACAAGUCUUCCUAUAGCUGGCUAGGAAAACAAGUCGUUUUUGAGAUGGACAGGAUACAAAAUGAAUCCAUAAAACGGAAAACUUCCUGGGCCAUUCAAAAAAUACUCCACGAAUGUGCCGAGGAAGAUUUGGCUCUUCGAAAAAGUGUAUCGCCUAGUUUUAAAACUAUGUCAUCACCCUCAGGGUCGCGUGAAUCAUUUUAGGCGACCAUCUGCAAACAGUCCAUUAUGGGACUAUUUGAAGACGAAGACGUCUAAGAUUUUGCAUAAAAUUAAUUUUUGUUUAAGUUUUAUUAAAUGCAUAGUUAUAAGUUUCGUUUUUUUUUCAUUGUUAGUAUUAAGAUUCAUGUUUUUUAAGUCGCAAUAAAAGAAAGCAAAAAACAUACCUUCAUA